CCCCUUUCAAAGCUUUGUUCGUGAGGUGCAAACCCAGCCGACCCCAUCAUUUGCAGUGCGUCGCACCUUGAUUGUAAAGAACCGAACGCUCAGAGCAGAAAUUCGAGAUUGCAGCCGUCCGCAGCUUCAGAGGGCUUGAGUACAGCAUGUGGCCAUUCAAGUCCCCCCGGAACGACGACGAAGACGAUCUCCAAGUUCCCUCUCAGGGAGAACCUACAUUAGCCAGUGCACUGCUGAAUUCAGAAUCCCUGAUGGAAGCAAAGGAGGAAAAUGCAUUGGUCAGAUUUACGGGAUGGCCAAACGAACGACUGUCGAUCCCAUUGAUCCUGCGCGCUCCUACCUUAAUGUUGGCAUCCUUUGCUUGCGGCUUCAGUCUAGGAGCAUCUCAGGGCGCUACAAAAGGCGCAUAUCGAUAUAGAGCCGAGAACGCGCACCGGCUCCCGACAACCCAAACCGGAUGGUUUCUCUACCAAAAGUCCAAAAACUACCAUGCGAUGUUUGGUGGGAUCAAGGAAGGUGUUCGGUUCGGGUCUAUAUGUACAGGUUGGGCAACAAUGUUUAUGGUCACAGAAGAGAUGGUCGAUCUGUCUAGAGCUCGUCUAUUCGCAAGAGGGGAUGACGAUGUUGCGACCGGGCAAAGAGACUUUGGGAGCACAGUUAUCGCUGGGAUGACUCUGGCUGGCAUCUACAGCUGGAAACGAGGGCUCGACCAUUUCGCCGCCGCCCGAACUGCAAGAAGUGCUCUAAGACUGUCCCUGGCCUAUGGUCUGGUGCAAGAUCUAGCUGCAUCAAUUAGAGGAAAUCCACCGGCAUACAUCUUGUGGUUGAGGAGGAAAUUUUCAGGGUGAGGACGGCAGACCGGAGACUGGACCUCGACAGAUUGCUAUACAGGGAGGUUCGUGUGUCUUUUGUCAGAGCAUGGGCCACACCCCUCCACGCCUACUCCCUUGUCAAAGACACCAUUCUUCGAUCACAAUCUGGCAAUCCCCCAUCUACGAGUUCCGGUGGAAAUCCUCGAGGCCUCACACGCGCAUUCGAUGAGGAUAGCUCGCCUGUUGAAACACAUUCACCGCUUCUCAGCUCUGAAUCCAAACAUACAGAACGUGGUUGGCUGCUAGCUUAUGACGAGGGAAUUACGAGGUGCCCGUACUAGUAUUACCUCCGGCUCGCACACGGAAGUACGAUCAUGUGGCUUAUGGAAGGGGAAAAUUCACGUAAAUCAACAUCUGGAGCUACAAAGUCAAUUGAACCCGAGCUUCAGGAACGCAUCCACCUCGCCGGAUUGGGAGGCACGAAGGCAAAUCUGGAGCAACCCUUCCAAUCGAAAGCAGGCAGUGACGGUGGAUGCAGGGCUGAAAGAUUUCCUUUUGGCAGCCACUCGCUGCAUACAAGCGAUGUUUCUGGACGUGUUCUAGUGCACGGUGAGGCAGUUCCCGCGGGUAAAGCCGAUGGGGACGCGAUGGGGGGUCGGAGCUCCCUAUUUGGGGCAGCGGCGGUGGACUUCGCAGGGCUCUUCGGGUGCAGUCAGUCCCUGAGAUUGCGAGCCAGAGACAGGUGCCCCUAAGGGCCCAGUAUGGUUGGGUCGCUUAGGAAUCUCAGCUUGAUUGCUUACGACUAAGCGGUCGCAAUCAUCGUUUUCCCAGGCUGUUGGCAGGAAUUGCGCAAUUGGUUUCGGACUUUGCUGACGCAUCUCGUUCUAUCUCAUCACCGUGUACCUGUAUUGCCGUUCUACUUGUACCUACGAUGCCCCGUGUUUCCGAUACGGGCUGGAGGGCUCUCCGUGUGUGUGUCUCAGUGCCCGUUAUACCCUCGGUGGUGUCACCAAACUUGGGAUGUGGAGGAGCAUUGAUACGAAGCAAC